UGUUGGUGUCACUCACGUAGCCAUACGAGAAUGGUGGGGAUGUCCUGCGACGGACGGCUGAGGGCGAGUGUCGGCCAUCGGCUGGCACAAGCCAGGUGAGGAUCACAGGAAAUACAGGCGGCUGGAAGGGAGAUAUCGUGCUCCACAGAUGUGGCUGGGUCGAUCCUCGAGCCACACAAGGGCGAGACACCACCGCAUUCGCCCGCUGACACCCGGGGGCUCCUAAACUGGAAUGGUGGUAGGAGCCGCUUUGUGGGUGGACGCUGCCGUGGCGCGGCAGGAGAUACUGGCGAUGCAGCGGAGAUGAGAGAUUCCUGAACUUGGACCUGGAAAGAUAGCAACACAAUUGAAUUACCACACAACACAAUUCCAUCGAUUGCAUCCUUCAUCCACGCACCUGGGAGUCCUUGUUCUCCGCCUGAUCCAUCACCUGCCCCUGUCUCUCUCGCGCCACGAGCCGUACAAUCGACGGCCCACUCUGGUGGGCCUGGGGAUGCGGCCGUUAGCAGCCGGGGGACUUGGACACACCAGUCUCG